CGUGUUUUGGUGAGUUGAAUCUGAGCGACUAAACAGUGCGCCCUCGCAGAGGAGUGUAUGGAGACGGAGGGAGGAGGAAGUAGAGGAGGGGAGAGCGUACGAGAAGGAGGGGAAUGAGGCAGGAGCGAGUUGGUGGACAGGAGGAAAACAUUAGCUCUCAAUCCUUCACGUAGUUGGGAUACUUUUCACUGUCGAAGAGGCAGGGAAGCCACAGCUCAGACUGCACCUCCACCAAGCCAGGACGCACGAUCGGUAUGAUGGGCAGAUAGCAGGAGGAGGAAGAAGAGGAAAAGAAGAUGUCAUUCUUUGGGCUGGACUGUGUCAGGAAGAAAGAGAGGGAGCUGGAAAGGAAAAUCAGAGCAAACGACCGCGAGUACAAUCUCUCCUUUAAAUAUGCGACAAAUGCCAUCAAAACCUCCAAGUACAACUUCUUCACCUUCCUACCUCUCAACUUGUUUGAGCAGUUCCAGAGGAUUGCUAACGCUUACUUCCUGUUCCUGCUGGUGCUCCAGGUGAUUCCUCAGAUUUCCUCGCUGUCCUGGUUCACCACUGUCGUCCCCCUGAUCCUCGUGCUGACGGUCACCGCUGCCAAGGAUGCAACUGAUGAUAUUAAUCGCCACAGGAGCGACAAUCGAGUUAACAACCGAAAAGUCCAAGUCCUUAUUGAUAGAAAGCUACGGAGUGAGAAAUGGAUGAAUGUGCAAGUGGGAGACAUCAUCAAACUAGAAAACAACCAGUUUGUUACAGCAGACCUCUUGUUGCUCUCCAGCAGUGAACCACUCAACCUUGUGUACAUUGAGACUGCAGAACUCGAUGGAGAAACUAACCUGAAGGUGAGACAGGCCCUCCCAGUGACGGGAGACCUGGGGGAUGAUAUUGAAAAACUGGCAGAUUUUAACGGUGAGGUCCGCUGUGAACCCCCCAACAACCGCCUCGACCGCUUCACAGGAGUGCUGAGCUUCGCAGGUCAGAAAUAUUCACUUGACAAUGAGAAAAUCCUACUGCGAGGCUGCACCCUGAGGAACACUGAGUGGUGCUUUGGACUGGUGCUAUUUGGAGGUCCAGAAACAAAGCUGAUGCAAAACUGUGGGAAGAGCACGUUCAAGAGGACCAGUAUAGACCGUCUAAUGAAUAUCUUAGUCCUCUUUAUUUUUGGUUUCCUAGCCUUCAUGUGCUCUGUCCUGGCGAUAGGAAACUACAUCUGGGAAAGAAAUGAGGGCUCACAGUUUACUGUCUUCCUGCCAAGGCUGGAGGAUGAUCCUGCUUUCUCAUCCUUCCUCACAUUCUGGUCCUACGUCAUCAUCCUUAACACCGUGGUGCCCAUCUCUCUCUAUGUGAGUGUGGAGAUCAUUCGUCUGGGGAACAGCUUCUACAUCGACUGGGACAGGAAAAUGUACUAUGCCCGCAAUGACACCCCUGCUGAGGCUCGUACCACCACUCUGAACGAAGAGCUCGGCCAAAUCAAAUACGUCUUCAGUGACAAAACUGGAACACUCACCCAGAAUAUCAUGAUCUUCAACAAGUGCACUAUUAAUGGCAAAUGCUAUGGAGAUGUUUAUGACUACACAGGCCAAAGACUAGAAAUGAAUGAGUAUACAGACACAGUAGACUUCUCCUUCAAUCCGUUAGCCGACUCUCGGUUCGUCUUCCACGACCAUUCUCUGGUGGAGGCGGUGAAGCUGGAGAACACGGAGGUCCACGCCUUCUUCAGGCUGCUGGCUCUCUGCCACACUGUCAUGGCCGAGGAGAAGAAAGAAGGAGAGCUUUUCUACCAGGCCCAGUCGCCAGAUGAGGGGGCUCUGGUGACCGCAGCCAGAAACUUUGGAUUUGUCUUCCGCUCACGAACACCAGACAGUAUUUCCAUCGUGGAAAUGGGAAAGCAGUGCAACUAUGAACUCCUGGCCAUCCUGGAUUUCAACAAUGUCCGCAAGAGGAUGUCAGUCAUAGUGAGGAGUCCAGAGGGCAAGCUGUCUCUUUACUGCAAAGGUGCCGACACAAUCAUCUACGAAAGGCUGCACCAGUCCUGCAGCAAGCUGAUGGAUGUCACGACAGAGCAUCUUAAUGAAUUUGCAGGGGAUGGGCUGCGGACUCUGGCUCUUGCUUACAAGGAUCUGGAUGAGGAGUACUUUAACCAGUGGAUACAGCGCCACCAUGAGGCCAACACUGCACUGGAGGAUAGAGAGGGCAAACUGGACCAGUUGUAUGAGGAGAUAGAGAAGGAUCUCCUGCUGCUUGGAGCAACAGCCAUAGAGGACAAGUUGCAAGAUGGAGUACCUCAGACUAUCGAGCAGCUGUCUAAGGCCGACAUCAAAAUCUGGGUUUUGACCGGUGACAAGCAAGAAACCGCAGAGAACAUUGGUUACUCAUGCAACUUGCUACGGGAAGAGAUGAAUGAUGUCUUCAUCAUCUCGGGCAACUCACUUGAGGAUGUCCAGCAGGAACUGAGAAAUGCCCGAACCUCCAUGAAGCCAGAUGCAGCUGAGAAUUCAGAGUUUUUACCCGAAAUGGAUAAAGGUGUGAAAGUGGUCACAGAUGAGGUGGUGAAUGGGGAGUACGGCCUGGUCAUCAAUGGACAUAGUUUGGCAUACGCUUUGGAGCACAGCCUGGAGCUGGAGUUCCUAAGGACGGCAUGCAUGUGCAAAGCAGUGAUCUGCUGCAGGGUGACUCCUCUGCAGAAGGCUCAGGUGGUCGAGCUGGUCAAGAAGUACAAGAAGGCAGUCACACUGGCAAUUGGGGAUGGAGCCAAUGAUGUCAGCAUGAUCAAAGCGGCUCAUAUAGGUGUGGGCAUCUCAGGCCAGGAGGGCAUGCAGGCUGUGCUGUCCAGCGAUUACUCCUUUGCCCAGUUCCGUUUCCUGCAGCGCCUCCUGCUGGUGCACGGCCGUUGGUCCUACCUGCGCAUGUGCAAGUUCUUGCGCUACUUCUUCUACAAAAACUUCACCUUCACCUUCGUCCAUUUCUGGUUUGCCUUCUUCUGUGGUUUCUCUGCGCAGACUGUGUAUGAUGAGUGGUUUAUAACGCUCUACAAUCUGAUGUACACAGCACUACCUGUGCUGGGAAUGAGUCUAUUUGAUCAGGAUGUGAAUGAUGUGUGGAGUUUCCAGCAUCCUCAGCUCUAUGUUCCAGGUCAACUCAACCUGUACUUCAGCAAGAAGUCCUUCUUCAAAUGCGCCCUCCACAGCUGCUACAGCUCCUUGGUGCUCUUUUUUAUCCCCUAUGCUGCUAUGUAUGACACAGUGAGGGAUGAUGGGAAGGACAUCGCCGACUACCAGUCCUUCGCCCUCCUCACUCAGACAUGUCUGCUGUUUGCCGUCAGCAUCCAGCUGGGGUUUGAGAUGUCCUACUGGACGGCAGUUAACACGUUCUUCGUGUUGGGAAGCCUGGCGAUGUACUUUGCUGUCACAUUCACCAUGUACAGUAACGGCAUGUUCACCAUAUUGCCAUCAGCCUUCCCUUUCAUAGGAACAGCACGAAACUCCCUGAACCAGCCCAACGUUUGGCUGACAAUCUUCCUCACUUCCAUCCUGUGUGUCCUUCCCGUCAUUACCAACCGUUUCCUGAUGAUUCAGCUCUGCCCCACCAUCAAUGAUAAGGUUAUGUUCAAAGUGAGGCAGGCGAAAGCAACACCUGCUCCACCAACUCGACGUGCCCGCAUCCGUCGCACCAGCUCCCGCCGUUCGGGCUACGCCUUCUCGCACGCACAGGGCUAUGGGGACCUGGUGACAUCGGGUCGGUUCCUGCGGCGUCCUGCCCUGACACGAUCUUCUGGUUUCACCCACGCAGGCCGCACCACUACUAGCUUCAGUCCAAUGGGACGAUCGGCCGGUUACAGCCCAACGGGACGUCCUCAGAAUAACAAGGUCCCAGACGUGGAGGUGACUUCCCUGCAGAUGUAUAGGACAAUCACGGAUUCUGCUCCCUGAUGGACAGCACAUUUAGGGAGCAAAUGAUUAACUACUGACUGGAGAGCUACAUGAUGUUGGCAGCCAGAAGUGUUCAAAGGUCCUAUUUGUUGCAAUGAAGAGCUUGCUUGGGCUUUCCAGAGAAGUUCAUGUCAAAGAUUUUUCAUACCUACACAGAAGACGAGGUUUGAAGAGUACAUGACUUUAGCUCCUUACAUUUUUCUCUGAAAUGGUGUCAUCAAAGGGAACUACAGCAACAAAUGUAGCCACUUAUGGUGGGUAUAUGAAUCGUCUUCUUAAGAUGCCAGCGGAUGCGAGGGUGAUUAAUGAAAGCUUUCUGUCAAUAUAGAUAACAACCGGGUGCUUUGUCUUCAAAUAGGAAAGGAAACAAUAUGUCAACAUGUUUACAGGCUACCCAGUCCACCUGGGAGUCCAGCUGGAAAGCAGUGUUUGCAGAGGAAAUAACGAGCAAAGCCAUGUUGCACAAGAUAUUGACUUUUUAAAAUCUUUUUAAAGCAUUUUAUUUUCUUAAUUUGAAAGCUGUACAAGCGGUCAGCACUUUGGCUGUGUCACAGUGGCAGUGGGGAAUAACCAAACAUAUCAUAAACUGCUUCUUCUAAUACAGUACCAUAUCAAGGGCCCAGGGGUGGAGUGGGGUGUAAUACUCAGAGAAGAAAACUCAUAAAUUUACAAGAGAAAUGUCGAGGAAUCGCAUCACUUAAAUUUAAGGUUUGGUAAAACCAAAAAGUCACAGAAAGUAGAUUUUGGCAUGUUGAUAGAGUCAGUUGAGUCUUUUUUUAACACUCUUAUUGAUCCAAAAAUGAAUGAACACAUUUCGAUGGAGAGAAAUGUCGUUGGCGUUGUAGCAACAUUUGUACAAAAUUUAAAUUUUUGAGGUCUCUGCCCCAUAAUGAGUUUAUUUAUUUUAUUAAAGUUGAGUGGCCUGAAUACCCAGAGGUGGGUAGAGUAGCCAAACAUUGUACU